UGCCAGGGCGCCUCAGCGAGGCUCAUGCGGCUGAUGGGCCACACUACAUGUACAUGUACCUAAGACAGCAGCCACUCCUCCCUCGAGAAAAGGCAUUUCGUUUUAGGCCAGCUGUCUGUCCUACGCACGAAGAUUACAUCACACUCUUUCAUCCCUCCUCCACGCCGAUACUCACACACUCAGCAACUUACACGCCCCGCCAUAACCAAAGCAGACGAGCUAUAAAUAUCUUUUUCCCCAAUUCAGCUGAGGAAAGACACCACAAGGGAAGGCAAGGGACAGGAAAAACCUGCGAGAAUGAGCUCUCCCAGCGGCAGCACGGGAGCUUCUCAGCGAGCUUCGGAGAUCAACAGCGCCAUGCUCAAUGUCCCCGGCUACGCAGAUGACAGCAUGCUCUUCAUGAUGCGCUACGGUGCGUUGGCCAAGGAGACGCUACGCAAAGUCGACUGGGAUGAAUUCCAGCUUCGCCUAUCGGCCAUGAACACACACUGGUACAAAAGCCACAGAGGGAAAACCACUGCUAUUGGCGCUGGAAGUGACGACAGCAUCGUUGACGUCGGCUCCCGCGGCACCGGCGAGGGCGAUGGAGCAAACACAGCUGCUGUGGCGGCUGCCAGCGAUGCCAAAGACUCGCCUAUUGCAACUGCUGCUGCCACUUGUGACGCCGUGGAUCCGGCCUCUGUGCCUGGGCCUGAGCCUGAGACGGACCCCGAGGCCGCAGAGCUCAAGGCUCGGACGUUGGAGCUUAUCCAGGACUUUCCGGGCUUGGUGCGCGAUUUUGACAGGUUUGUCGAGUGUACAAGGAUAAUGGCGACAAGAUAUAAGCGGUAAGCCAAAGGUUGGAAGGCAGCUAGCAAAGGGAGAAAAAAAAAAAGACUAAAUAAUACACGCAAAGCUACAAGUAUGAUGGCGAAAAUGGAUCCCUCGUAUCAAGGCGGUAACGUUGAAUCCAGCUUAAAAUUAUUUCAUUAAACACUUUUUAUGUUCUAGACAACUUUUUUUUUUCAAUAAUAACA